AUGUUGAAGGCCGUGCUGAGGCAGGCUAUCCCCCUGCAGCCUAUGGAGGUUUAUGGUGGAGCAGAUAUUGACCUGCAGCCCCUGGAGUACCACACACCAGAUCAAGUUGCUGGCUUGGUGGUCACCUGGCACCCGGCCGGGGUCACCGCAGCACAGCUUCAAAGCACGGACAGCACGGCGGGAGCGGGGGGCCCUGCCGCGGCGAGAGGGCAGAGGAGCUCCCAGAACCUGCGGGCGGAGUUACCGGCCCUGUGGUGCUGGGACAGGCGGCCCCGCCCGUCCGUUCCCCGCCUCCAGCCAUUUAAAGUUUUGGCAACUGAAACUAUAAAUGGAAAGGCGUUAGAGGCAGAUAUAUACAAUGCAAUUCCUACUGAAAAGGUGGAUGGAACCUGCUGUUACGUAACUACCUAUAAAGGGCAACCGUAUCUAUGGGCCAGGCUGGAUCGAAAACCCAACAAACAAGCUGAAAAAAGGUUUAAACGAUUCUUGUAUUCAUUGGAAGAUUGCAAAGAAUUUAUUUGGAAUGUUGAAGAGGAUUUCAAGCCUGUUCCAGAUACUUGGAUCCCAGCAAAGGAUAUAGAAUUCUCUAAUGGAAAUCCAUUGCCUGAUGAAAAUGGACAUAUGCCAGGUUGGGUGCCUGUGGAGAAGAACAGUAAGCAGUAUUGCUGGCACUCAUCUGUUGUAAAUUAUGAGGCUGAAAUAGCACUGGUAUUGAACUACCAUGCUGACCCAGGGCUUCUGGAAAUCAGUCCGGUACCAUUAUCAGAAAUUUUAGAACAAACAUUGGAGCUUGUUGGGACUAAUAUCAAUGCAAAUCCAUAUGGAUUAGGAAGCAAGAAGCAGCCUGUACAUCUUCUUGUACCCCAUGGAGCAUUUGAAAUAAAGAAUCCACCUGCUUUGAAACAAAAUGACAUACUGUCUUGGUUUGAAGGCUGCAGUGAGGGUAAAGUUGAAGGAAUUGUGUGGCACUGCCAUGAUGGUUCUUUAAUCAAGCUCCAUCGCCAUCAUCUUGGUUUGCGCUGGCCACUUGCAGAGACGUACCUUAAUUCUCAGCCUGUUGUCAUUUCUUUUAAUAGAACUAAAUAUGACUGUGACUUUGAACCAAAGAGUUUGUUUCACCACUUUUCAAACUUGGAUGGUCAAAGAUUUGACAGACUCCAAGAUAUCAAGUUUGAUGCUUGAAAUUAUUUUUCUCUUCUAAGUUAAUUUUUGAAUGUGCUGCAUUCCUCUUACUUGUGUCUACCAUGGAACUCUUUACAAAUAUUCUUCUAGCUUAGGCAGCAGCCUAGGUACUAUGCCAUUUUAAGCUUUUCCUAAAUGCCUAAUUUUAUAUAACGAGAUCUGACAUCCAGAACAGAAAUCUAGCUUUCAGCAUAUUUAUUUUCAGUUCUGAAAAAUCCUUAACUU